AUGGCAAAGUUCAAAAAGGGCGACCAUGUCUGGUUAAUAGACGCAGACCCUCAAUCUCAGUGUUCGGUACCGUUGGGUGCAGUGGUCGAAGCAACACAAGGCGGAAAAAUCAAAGUAUUUGAUGACGAGAAAAAGAAAAAAUGGUUAAAGUUAGCUUCAGCAAAGAUCGAGUUGAUGCAUCCAACAUCUGUGGAGGGAGUUGAGGACAUGAUCAGACUUGGCGAUCUGAAUGAAGCAGGGAUGCUCAGAAAUUUACUCAUCAGAUACAAUGAAAACAAAAUUUAUACCUACACUGGUUCAAUCCUUGUGGCAGUUAAUCCCUAUCAAGUCCUUCCCUUGUAUGGGGUGGAUCAGGUCCGAAUGUACACAGACAAAAAAUUUGGAGAAUUGCCGCCACAUAUAUUUGCAAUUGCAGACAAUGCUUACUCCCACAUGCAGAUCACUCAGAAAGACCAAUGUGUGAUUGUAAGCGGAGAAUCAGGAGCUGGAAAGACAGAGUCAACCAAGUUUAUUCUUCAGUACCUGACCUCAGGAUCUAGAAAACAUUCGCCUAUUGAAGAACAACUAUUGAAAGCCAAUCCUGUGCUGGAAGCAUUUGGAAAUGCAAAGACUGUUCGCAAUGACAAUUCUAGUCGGUUCGGGAAAUUUAUCAAGAUCAAAUUUUCAAAGAAAGGAGUCAUCAUUGGAGCAUAUAUUGAACAAUAUUUAGUCGAAAAGUCGAGAAUUGUUUACCAAGCCAAUGACGAGAGAAACUACCACAUAUUCUACUGUAUGUUGGCAGGAAUGAGUUCUGAGCAGAAACAGAAACUUGGACUUGGGAAACCAUCAGAUUAUUCUUACUUAACCCGGGGAUCAUGUCUACAAUGUGAAGGAAGAGACGAUAAAUUGGAGUUUGAAAUUAUUGUCGGUGGAAUGAAGGAUCUCUCAAUAUCGGAGGAUGAAAUCAAUCAGAUUUACAAGUUGCUUGCAGCUAUAUUACAUGUCGGGAAUUUCAAAUUUGAAGAAACAAUGAUUAACAACAGUGAUGGCGCCUGUGAGCUUGUCCACAGCACAGGAUUAAAAUCUGCAAGUGAUUUAUUGGGAGUGAAUUGUGAAGUUUUCAAAAAAGCUCUUACUCAGCAGACUCGCAAGAUGGGAAAUGAAAAAGUUACAUCCAAAUUAAGCAUUUUGCAAGCACAAGAUGCUAAAGAUGCUUAUAUAAAAAGCUUGUAUAGUCGGAUCUUCAUUCGGAUAGUCAGCAAAAUCAACAGUGUCAUUUACAGCAGAGAAGAAAGUCAAGACAAGAGUGGAAUCCUCUCCAUUGGAUUGCUGGAUAUUUUUGGAUUUGAAAAUUUUGAAAAUAAUGGUUUUGAACAACUCUGCAUCAACUUUGCAAACGAGAAACUCCAACAAUUCUUUGUUCGACACAUUUUCAAGCUUGAGCAGAAGGAAUACGACGAAGAAGAUAUUGAAUGGAGACACAUUGAAUUCACUGAUAACCAGGAAAUUCUUAAUAUGAUUGCAGAUCAGCCCAUGAAUGUGUUGGCACUCAUUACGGAAGAAGCAAGAUUCCCAAAAGGUACCGACCGAACAAUGCUGGACAAGCUUAUCAGCAAGCAUGGUAAAAGUAAAUAUUUCGAUGUGCCCAAGUCACGGAAUGAUGACACUUUUGGAAUCAGACAUUUUGCUGGACCUGUCAGAUAUAAAACUACUGAAUUUCUUGAACGCAACAGGGACUCAUUCAAUGCUGAUAUUUUGUCUUUGAUCCGGUCUUCAAAAAAUGAAUUUUUGAAGUCAGUUUUUCAGGAAGAACUAAAUGUUUCUGAUCUUCGACGAAACCAGACACUUUGUGAGCAAUUUAAAAAAUCAUUGAACAAUCUUGUUAGGGAUUUGGGAGAAUGUCAGCCAUUCUUUGUCAGAUGCAUAAAGCCGAAUGAGUUCAAAAAAGCUAAUAACUUUGAUCGUUUGUUGAUUGCCCGUCAACUGAGAUAUUCUGGCAUGAUGGAUACAAUUCGAAUACGGAGAGAUUGUUAUCCAAUCAGAUACACUUUCAAGGAAUUUGUCGAAAGGUAUCAAGUGAUUCUUCCUUCGACUGUCACCACGGAAGAUCGAGACGAAAUGAUCGAAAUCUGCAACAAGAUUAUGGAUGAAACUGUAAAAGACAAAGACUGGAAGAAAGGACUUGAUAAAAUGUUUUUGAAAGACAAACACAUCUUGUCAUUGGAAGCUGCAAGAAGAAAUGUCACAAGCCAAGCGGUUGCCGAGGCAUUCUGCAAAAGAUAUUUGCAAAGAAGGAGAUACAAUAAGAUGACCCUUGGAUAUGCUCGAUUACAAGCUCUCUGGAGAGGACGUCGAUUGGCUUUUCGCUACAAUUUUGCUCGGAAGAGAAUCAUCGGUUUCCAAGCUCAUUGUCGUGGUUUUCUGAUAAGAAGACACCAUAGACAUAGGCUAUGGGCUAUAAUGAGAAUCCAAGCUGGUGGGAGAGGGAUGAUUGCACGAAGACAAUACAAGCAACUUCUUUUUGCAAGAGAACAGGAAAAAUUAUCAAUAGCUAAGCAACAGGAAUCUGAACGCAAAGAAAUAGAAAAAAGCAAAUUGAAGGAUGAGGAACAAAUUAAUUUGUCCGAGCUGCAAAAGAAUCGCAAGCAAUCACGGAUUGCGGACUAUGAUGCAACGGUUGUUUCCCAUGUUCAACAUGACCUGGAUGCUACGGCGUCUUCAGUCUACAAAGUCUCCAUUUCUACAGUUUACCAAAGGACUGAAAUCAGAAAAGAUAUCAGACUUGGAGACGAAGUUGGUACUUGCAAACUCCCCAGAGACAAGAUUGAAGUUAAGCCUGGUUACUAUUUCACCCAGGAAUUGGAAGGCAAGAAAAACGAAAAAAGACUACUGAUUGAACUGAAAAAGAAGUUGAAAGAAAAUUCAGAUGCGCAGGAAUCGGAUGACAAGGAAGAAAAUGUGGAAAAUCUGGCAGGAAAGAAACAACAAGUGGAAAUACCACAGAAAGUUUCUCGUAAUAAGGACAUGGACGAAACAAGAGCUGACUACCCAAGCAGUUACACCUUCAAAAAGUUUGCUGAAAAUACAUUGCUUGGACAAGGUAUUACUGAGAGAGAAGAAGGGGAAACAGUUCAGGCUUCUGAGACUUUCCUGAUUCGGUUUCCCGACAACACAAGCCAGAAUUUUGAAGUCGAAUCAAGCACUAAAGCUAAAGAUUUCUGCAACACCAUUGCAAAUCGUCUUGCACUAAAAUCAGCAGAAGGCUUCAGUUUGUAUGUCAAUAUUGCGGGCAACGACAUUUGCGUUCCUGACAAUGAAUGUUUUGUGAAAUUUGUGAAAGACAAAACUCACAAUGAUUCAUCAAAUUGCCAAGUGGUUUUUAUUCGUAAGCUAUGGAUGAAGGUAACACCUGGGGAAGAUCGGAACGCUGACAUAAUAUUCCAUUAUUAUCAUGAAGUUUCAAACUUCUUACGAGGUUACCAUAAUUGCACCAGAGAAGAAGGAAUACAACUUGCAGCCCUGAUAUACAGAAUCAAAUUUGGAGAAGACAGAAGUAAGUUUGCAAUAAUCCCUCAAUUAUUGGAAAAUGCUGAACUGCUACCUAAACAUUUGAUUACGUCGUAUGGUGAUCGAAUAUUGGCGAACAAGGGAAUCAAAUACCAAUUUAACAAGCACAACAGAAUGAGUAAAGAUGAUGCGAAGAUUUCGUUUUUGAAGAUUGUUUCUGGUUGGCCAACUUUUGGGGCUAGGUUCUUUGAUGUGAAGCUAAUGACAAAGCAAGCUUACCCAAAAAAUCUAGAGAUUGCGAUCAAUAAAAAUAGAAUCAGCUUGAUUGAUCCAAAGAAAGACAAAGAAACUAAAAACAUACUGAGAACGUUUUCUCUCCAUAAGAUCAGGAACUGGAACACUAAGAAUGAGUAUUUCAGCAUAACGUUUGGAAAUAUAGCUGGAGGCGGAAAUUUCCGUUUCGAAGCCACUAAAAGUGACGAAAUGCAUUACCUUCUGAGUUCUUACGUCGACAUGUUUCCGAAUUCAAUGCACGAAGACACAAGAUUAUAA